GAUGUGUGACCAUCCUCAUAAGCAUGGCGUCGAGCAAACAAGAGGACUACCUUUUGGUCGCUGCAAUAGACUUGGGAACAACGUAUUCUGGAUACGCUUUCUCAGCCAGACAUGAUUUCAAAAGAGAUCCGGCAAAGGCAUAUUUAAAACAAUGGAUUGACCCUUCCAGUGGAAUGAUGUCCAACAAGACGCCCACGUGCGUUCUCUUUACCAAGGAAAAGAAAUUUAGCAAGUUUGGUUUUAACGCUGAAACGAAAUACCUUGACUUGAUAGAGGACAACGAACAUAAGGAGUGGUACUUUUUCAGAAGAUUCAAAAUGUGUUUAUACGCUCUGAAGUCCAGCGAGAACGAUGUGGUCAUUGGGGAUGAAACAGGAAAAUCGAUGCCAGCCCUGACUGUAUUUUCUGCGUCAAUCAGAUAUUUGAAGGAUUCCCUGUUUGAAGAAUGUCGGAAGCAGAACACAGACAUCAAAAUGGAUGAAAUCAAAUGGAUUAUCACUGUACCCGCUAUAUGGACAGACCCGGCAAAAUCUUUUAUGAGGUCAGCGGCAGUUCAGGCUGGGAUUGAUUCAAAGAUGCUCACCAUAGCUUUGGAGCCAGAGGCAGCAGCAUUAUUCGUCAAGCACGUACCUGUAGAAAGAAGAGUUGAUGGGAAAGCAGGCGAUGGAUUUCAAACAUUUUCUCCUGGAUCCAAGUACAUUGUUGUUGAUGCUGGAGGCGGAACAAUUGACAUUACUGCACAUGAAGUUCUGGAAAACGGUCGCGUCAAAGAACUGAUAAAAGCCACUGGUGGCGACUGGGGAGGCACGAGUGUUGACGACAAAUAUAUGAAUUUUAUCAAAUGUCUCAUCGGUGAUACUGUCACUAGGGAAAUCCUGCAAGAUCAAUCAAACAUUUUCUUUGAAACCUGCAGAGAAUUUGAAAUCGCAAAACGCACAAUCACACCUGACUCGAACUUGAAAUUUACUACUAGGAUCCCAUCAGGACUUGCCGAAACAUAUGCAAAACAUAAUGUUGGAAAGGAUCUGAAAUCUAUUAAAAGUGUUUCAACGAUGAAUAAAGUACACGUGGGUGUAACAUUUACUGGUGACAAAAUAAGGCUAGCAUCAAAGGAUGCUGAAGACUUUUUUGUCGACUCAGUGUCAUGCAUAUUUGUUCAUCUAUCUAAACUAUUCAAACAGAAAGCAGGAAAAGGAAUAACCACUAUCAUUCUAGUCGGUGGUUAUGCAGCUUCCCCAGUACUCACAAAUACCAUCAAAUCAAAAUUCCCUCAGAUGCGUACUAUCAUACCACAGGAGGCAGCGUGGUCCGUUUUACGUGGUGCAGUCAUUUUUGGUCAUGACCCGAGUCUUAUCAAGCAAAGGAGGAGCAAAUUCACAUACGGCGUACAAGUACGUAGUCGUUUUGAUCCCUCUAAGCAUGAUGAAAAAUACAGAUAUGAAGAUGGAGAGGUAUGGUGCGAUGAUCUUUUCAGUAAGCUAAUAGAAAUUGAUGAACUGGUGACAGUGGGUGAAUACCAAAAGAAAAGGGAGUAUACAUUACAUGGUGCUCGUAGUAAAGGGAAUCUCCCUCUUUAUUCCAGUACAUCAAAGAAUCCGAAAUACGUUGACGAAGACGGAUGCUCUUUCAUAGGAAAAAUUCUAUCCCCAGGACAUGAAUUUCUUCUCCAUGAAGGUGUAACAGUUAAAAUGUGCUUUGGUGAAACAGAAAUAGAAUUCAAAGUACACCAACCAAAAAGUCAAUUAACAACUUCGUAUUAUUUGGGUCAAACAUAAAGCUAAUAAGAUUGGUAUUGAUUGCGAUGAUAUCUUUUACACAAUAAGAGGUAUACCAUUCAUAUUUGGUAUGUAUAUUCCUUGUGGCAAGACCAUUGUCUCCAUUGACACCAAAAUCAUUGACCUGGUGAUCUUAACAUUGACCUACGUUUAGAAAAUUCGAAUAUAAAAAUUUUGGAAAUCUAAAAAAAAAAAACUUUGUUAUAUCUUUUACAACAUAAGAGGCACAACUUUCACAUUUGGUAUGUGUAAACCUUUCUAUCGGUACCAAAAAUGUUUAACCUUGUGACCAUAACAUUAACCUUUGACGUACUUUUACAAAAGUUUAACACUGCUUUCAUAUCUAGCUUGUGCAUUUCUUGAGAGAAUACUUUUCCAUUUAUACUGAAUUUGGUGACUUUGUGACCUUGUUCUCUGACCUCCUUUGAAAUGUUGUAAUCCGGCCCAUCAGUGUUUCACAAACAUAUCCUUGUCUUAGAAAUGGCAGCUUAAAAUGAUACGAUAUGAAGUAAAUUCGUAAAUGAUGGUUAGAAUUAGCAAUGCUUGAUUUUCGUCUUACAGAUUUGAUAGGUGUUGAAUUUGUGUCCUGUGGGGAUCCGAGUUAAUAUCUCUUACUUGUAAAUGGGACAGUCCUUCAGAUGAGACCGCAAAAGCCGAGGUCCCGUGUCAUAGCAGGUGUGGCACGAUAAAGAUCCCUCCCUGCUCAAAGGCCGUAAGUGCCGAGCAUAGGCCUAAAUUUUGCAGCCCUUCACCAGCAAUGGUGACGUCUCCAUACGAGUGGAAAUUUUUCAAGAGGGGCGUUAAAUAAUAUACAAUCAAUCAAGUCAACCCGAUUCUUUUGCUAAAAUAUCAUUGCACAUUUAUUUUCAAUAGAACAUUACUAGAAUUUGCAUACGUUACUUGAAUGCACAUACAUUUACUUUACAAUUCAACUAUUGUGCAUGGUUUGGUUUAUAUUGCUUUCUGUCAUUAAUUCAGUUAACCCCCCAUUUCACGUUAUUUUUAUCAAUCAUACUUUUGUACUUUACCUUUGUAUUUGCGAGUGAGCUUACAUAGGCUCUACCUGUUGCCCAAUCCUGUUGAGUUUCUCAAUAAAUAUGUUUAAA